GCUAUCCUCUCGCGCUCCUUAUUUUUCUUGUUGCAGUUUACACUUCACCCGGAAUAUCUGAGUUUUUUUACCAUAUAUAGCAGCCAUAUACCCUUAAUACUAAUUAAGUAGUAUCCGCCUCCGCCUGCAGGUACAUCAAGCUAGAGAUAUGGCUGACCUAAGAGGAAGUGCUGCUAUUUGCGAUGAAAGGUGCGGCUGUCCUUCUCCCUGCCCUGGUGGCAUUGCUUGCAGGUGUGCGUCAGGGACAGUAGGGGGUGAUGCGAGCAUGGAGCACAAGAGGUGCUCCUGUGGAGAACACUGUGGGUGCAAUCCGUGCACAUGUUCCAAGAGUGAGGGCAUGACUGCCGCUGCUGGCAAGGUUCACUGCAAGUGCGGUCCUGGCUGCAACUGUGUCACGUGUGCUGCUUAAACUAGCUAAUAGUGAUCGCUUUGGCCUAGCUGCUAGUAGUUUGGAUCCUGUACAAGUGCAUGCAUGCUUCCGGCUCUUGUUUCUUAGGAGUUUCUUCUUCCUUGCAUAGAUCAGAUAUAUGUAUGAUGUAUACAUAUAGUACUGCCUCGUCCAUUAAUAAAAAUAAAUAAACAUGCACUUCCAGGCUCCA